AAAUCAUUAUGAAUGCGAACGAUCUAAAUUGACUCCAUUAUUAGUUCGAUAAAGAUUUUGUUCACAAACUCUCUGUAAUAGAUGGGCUGUGCUCAAUAAACCAGUCUACAAAAAGACUUGACUCAGCCCAUUGGGCCCAGAAUCCUAUUCUCGUGCUGUGAAAUUACCGAAAUGUUUCCCACAACCGAAUUGCCUCAGCCUUGUGAAACAAGAGGUCAGCGGACUCCAUUAAUGGAAGACGAAAAUAUACAGCCAGCCAUCAUAACCCUAACCCAAGAACGUGUCAAGCUCAACGUCGGCGGCGAACUCUUCGAGACCACCGUCUCCACCAUACGCUCAGGCGGUCCAGAGUCUCUAUUGUAUGCGCUAUCUUACCGGCCGAGAGACGAUCGGAAUCCAAUUUUCAUAGAUCGCGAUCCAGAGAUCUUCUCGGUCCUCCUUUCUCUUCUCCGCACCAACCGCUUGCCUUCAUCGGCUCGCCGAUUUUCGAAGCAGGAACUCUCCGAUGAAGCCGUCUUCUACGGCAUCGAGGCGAAUCUCAAAUCGGCAAUCUCUCCUCCGCCGUUCAACGGCAUCGAUGCAUCCAUCGUCGCGAAUAUUCGCCCUACUUCCGACGGCGUCGUAUCGGCUUUUACAGCAGCGAAUGGAGACGGCUCCAUCUGGCUAGCUCACGGAGGUCAGAUCUCUAAUUACGACCGGAAUUUAAUCCACGACAGAACGAUUCGAACUCACUUAGAGGAAAUCACCUCAAUCCGCCGCGUUUGGCCGGAAAUUGCAGCGUUAGGUUCAUACACCGCUUCCGGACUUCAUUUCUACAAUUUCUCUAGCGGCCGACACAUCGGUUCAUCUCACUGGUCAGAUCCUACCGAUCCUCGCAUCUACAAAGCCAGAGUCACCGCAAUCGCCGAUUCAUCGACUUCAAUUUUCGCCGCCUUCGAUUGCCCUCACAGAGAAAAUUCCAUACUCGUCAUCGACAAAUCAACUCUCCAGAUCACGUCUGAACUCGGACGACAACUCGGAUCCUCCGCUAAGAACACCGUCGCCGGGAAGCUGACGUGGAUACCGGAAACCAACGUACUCCUGGGAAGCGCAGUAACGUGUGGGGCGUUUGGUUACUCAGGUUACAUCAGGCUGUGGGACGCUAGGUCCGGUGAUGUGGUUUGGGAAACGAACGAGCCAGGUUCGGGCAGAAGCAGUAGGUUCGGGGACUCGUUCGCUGACGUGGAUGUCGACGUGGAAUCGUUGAAAGUAUUCAAAGUGUGCUCGAAAUCAGGGGAUUUGGGAGUGGCAGAUAUUCGUAAAUUAGGGGAAGACCCGUGGGUAUAUUUGAAAGAUAAGAAUCCAGGGAUGGGAAAUACGAGUAGAAGGGGGAGUGGAAAUAUCAAAAUUCAUUGUUAUAAAAAUGAAGUGUUUGUAGGGAGAGAAGGAGAGUUGGAGGUAUGGUCGAGAGUGGAAGGAAGAGAAAGUGGAGUGGAAGAAUCAAAAGGGGAUUAUGAGGAUUUAUAUCGUAGGAAUUACGUGGACAAAGCGGAGGAUUCAGAGAGAGGGAUUAUAAAGCAAAUUGAAGGCGGUGGCGAUAGGCUGUUUGUCUCUCGGGAAAACGUUGAAGGAAUUGAGGUUUGGGAAACCUCCAAAUUUUCCAGUGUCCUUUCGGUUUUAUGACUAAAAAAAAGUCGUUAUUGUUUUAUUGGGCCUCAAUGGGCCCUUGUAGUUGACAUUAAUUGAUGGGCCUACCCACCUAUUGGACAUUUGUUUUGGAAGUCUUUUUCGAUUUUUUUUGGCUAAUGAGAAGAAUAACAAAUUUUAA